ACCGGAUGUUAAGUGUUUGACACAUGUGUGUAGGGUAGAUCUUAAGAAAAAGAUCUUACAAUAAUAAAAAAAUGUGUGAUAAGAUUAUAUAAAGAUUUGGUGACUAAAGAGAAGAAAGAUUAACGCUCAAAUAUUUUUAGAUCUAUUAUUAACUAAAUAGCGGUGGUCUUAAUUUUAAUAAAACAUUUCCUGUGAAUUUCAUUGGAAAGGGCCUAAUAUUUCCCACAAAAAAACAGUGCACAGAUCUCGAAUAUUUGAUUUCAAAUUGAAAUUUGCACCAGUAACUGCAAGGUAGUGUUCAAUUUUUUGGAUUGGAUCACUUACUUGGAUACAAUAACCCGAAACCGUACCCGGAGAUUUUCCUUAAAAGUGAAAAACGGACUGAUGGUUUGAACUAAUAUAAAUAAUAAUGAUUUCGUUGUGCACAUUACGUGGCGUUAUUUCGCGCGCGGGCCAUCGUUAUGACCCACUUACUAAAUAUACGCAUACAACACAAAAUGUUAGCAAACCAAAAAGUGCUCCUUCGAUACGGUAUCAAUAUCGAAGUAGAAUACCUCUUGUAAGCCGGCAUAUAAAUUUACUACAUUCAUAUAAUAUUCGCACAUGUAGUACAACAGCCAAUGUCCAAUCAUCUCACACUUCGCUUGAUGCUUGCUAUACUGAUUCUAGAUCUCAACACAGGCUGGGAAGCAAACCACAAACUGUCGCCGACUUUGAAUUGCUAUAUGGAUUGACAAAGGAGAAAUUUAAGUCUAAGAAACUACCGAAAGAUGUUAAUCCAGUUGGUGUGUUUGCAAACAAUGAGCUUGAUUUGGAAGAAGUAGACGUAUAUGGAUUCGAUUACGACUAUACCCUGGCAUGCUACAAGCCUUGUCUACAUGACUUGCUGUACAAUUUAGGCCGUGAUAGAUUGGUCAAAAAGUUCAAGUAUCCUGAAGAUAUCUCAAAAUUAGAGUACAUUCCGGGAUUUGCAGUUCGUGGCCUCCAUUAUGAUAUCGAGAAAGGUUUGCUUUUGAAGCUCGAUUCAUUCCUUCAAAUACAGCUUGGCUCGGUUUAUCGAGGACUCACUAAGAUUCCCGAUGUGGAAGUUUUAAAACUUUAUAAAAAUCGCAUAUUACCUAUUGCAUAUGUUGAGGGCCAAUCCAAAAACUACCAGCCUAAUGCCAGGGGAAAAAUGGUUCAACUAGCUGACUUGUUCUCCGUUCCCGAAAUGUGUCUUUUGUGUAACGUUGCGGAGUAUUUUGAAGGAAAUCACAUCGACUACAACCCCGAAAUCUUGUUUCACGAUAUUAAAUCAGCGGUCCAAUCAUGUCAUCCUAUAAUGCACGAAAUUGUUAUGAAAAACGUAGAGGAUUAUAUUGAAAUAAACGCCAGAUUACCGGAAUAUUUUGAGAAAUUAGUUAAAGCGAGCAAAAAAUUGUUUCUAGUAACUAAUAGUCCUUUUUCCUUUGUAAAUCGAGGAAUGACUCUGCUGGCCGGCGAAAAGUGGCGAAAAUUUUUUGAUGUUAUAAUAGUUCAGGCGCGAAAGCCAAAAUUUUUUACAGAUGAUUCGCGACCCAUUCGCUUAUAUGAUGAACAAACAAAUUCACAUGUUUGGGAUCGAGUUUCUAAGCUUGAAAAAGGGAAAAUAUACUACGAGGGAACAGUAAAACAGCUACAAGAUUUAACUGGAUGGCGUGGACAUAAUGUGCUGUAUUUUGGUGACCAUCCAUAUAGCGAUUUGGCAGAUGUGACAUUGGAGCAUGGAUGGAGGACGGGAGCUAUUAUUAAUGAGCUCACUCAUGAGAUUGAGACAUUGAAUAAUGUUAGUUUCAAAACUAACGCGAAUUGGCUUCAAAUGCUAACCCAACUCAUAGAAGAAAUUCAAGACUACGACUGUGAGGCUGCACAGAUAUGUUUAGAAAAAUGGCAACUAGAACGAGAUAUGCUCAGGAAUCAAACUAAAAUGGUGUUUAACAAGCAGUUUGGCAGCGUAUUUCGGACAUAUCACAAUCCGACGUAUUUUUCUAGGCGACUUUUUCGUUUUGCUGAUAUAUAUACAAGUGAUAUAACAAAUUUGGCCAACUAUUCUGUCUUUCAUACAUUUUAUCCUCGACGAGGAGUAAUGCCCCAUGAAUACAUUUCGUACUUCAUGUAAAUAAAAUGUCUUUAUUAUAAAUAUUAUAUAGCCGCUGUCAUAACCGUAAUCGGUUUUUAAAUUUUAAUUCUAUCGUUGAAUUUUUUACAGUAGUUCUUCCUCGGAUUUAAAAGCUAGCUAUUUUUAUUUAGAUAACGCUUAUUAUUUGACAACACUUACUUAAGCAGUAACCGCUUAAAGCCCAAAUGUGGCUAACUACUAAAAUUUAUUUAAGUUAAGUGAUGUGGGUCUCCACAUGUAUUUUUUUUCGUCGAAAGAUCAAGCUCAGAGUGAUAAAAUCAUGUACGCCUUGAUAACAACUAAAGAUACUAAUAAUAUAAAUACAUACAAAUAAAAUUGUAUUUACUUGUCUACCGCUUGAAAUGUUACUCAUAGGUAUUGGUAAUGUGUUGAAUAAAUCUGUUAUUAAAUUUA